AUGGUUGGGCGUGAUGGUAAGCAAAUGGAGUCUCAGAUGUUGCUUCAGAUGGAAGAAGAGAACAAGAAGCUGAGGGAUAUGGUAAGGUCUGACGGUAAGCAAAUGGAGUCUGGGAUGUUGCUUCAAAUGGAGGAAGAGAACAAGAAGCUGAGGGCUAUGGUUGAAUCUGGAGGUAAAGAAAUGGAGUCACAGAUGUUGCAGUUGGAAAAUGAGAACAAGAAGCUGAAGCAGGAGCUUGCACUGAGCUAUGGAAAGGAGAAAAUGGGUAGACAAUUUGUGAUAACAUCAUGGGUGGGAUUUUUUUGUGUUACUGCUGUUAUUGUUAAUGCUUUGAAGUAG